AUGGAUUCGGUACAGCUAAACGAGAUCGGGGCUCGUCUCGCAAGCGCCUUCCAUGAUCUGGACAACAUCGAGACAGACAUCGACUUCCCGGGCUCUGGCACAGAUGAAAGUCACAUAUCCAGCACAGGAAGCUCUUUCCACGAGGUCAAUUACCGGCUUCGCACUCUGACCGAGAGUCUGGACACACUGUACAGUAUAGCAACAGAUAUAAGAAAUCCACGCAACCGACCAUCGCGUACAACCGACCAUCUCUACAGCAUUGUCCCCGGGAACGCUCGAUCUGCCUACGUCAGCGAACGUGAAGAAGUCGAAGUCAAUAUUGUCGCCUAUAUCCAGAGGCAGGACAUCCAGACAAGCAUCGCGACAGAGGACACAGAUGCCUUUUGCUCACAUUACGCUUCUCCCACCAACUGGCUAGUUCGCCGGACCGGUAUUGCAAACGCCAGACGGAAACAACAAUUCGUCUACUGGAAAAACCAUGCGAUCCGACUCAGCGCCGCUGUGAGCAAGCCUGGGCACGUGAAACCAGUGGAUCCCAAACGCGGCCAGGUUGCAGAAACAAGUGUGCCGCUCACCACGCCGAAUGCUCCAGGUCCUAUGGUUCUGUCUCUUGCUGCCUCAGCAAUCAAGCUUUCUGCCGGCAACUUGCUGAAGCCCGAUGACCUGAAAUCCGUCAUCUCCCAUUACUCCCGUGUUUCCACUACCGUUGAUCUCUCAGGCAAGAGACUAUGCUGGCCUACACCACCUCAGCCGAUCAUGCAUAGUACUUGCAAGUGGACUCCUGGAGAUUGCACCUCAUUCAUGACCUGCAGCCGUACCACUGCACCUACGAACACUGUCAGGACCCUAAUCGGCUUAUGGCAUUGCCAGGAUGUUGAGAGCGAGUUCGAAACGCAGCCUGACUUUGUUCAACAUCUCAAGAGUGUGCACCCCGAGAAACCACCCGAACAGCUAUCCGAUGAGCUUUUAGGCGCUGCAGUUGGUCCUUCGAAUUUGCCACAUCGAGAUUGUCCAUUCUGCCCGAUUGCCUUUCCAGAUAUCACUGAAAUGCAAAAGCACGUACUCUUUCAUCUGGAGCGACUUGCACUGCUGGCGAUGCCUGUAGCCCAAGGAGACGUUGAUGAUGGUGACAUAUCCGUGCAUUCGGCGGACAACCACAAUGCUCAGAUGCGUGGGCGCCAGGCAUCAGUGUUGGAGGACUUUUACUUUUUGAAAAUGGAGAUAGAGACCCCAUACCAGGUAUACAGGAACGGGUACAGUACAAAUAAGACGUUUUACGAUUCCCUGUCCAUCGGACGGUGGACCUACAACCCGGGGCGUACGUAUGACCGCACCUGUAUGGUCUACUACUCCAUUCUCGAUCCAGAAUCAGCUGUCACAUAUUACAUCGGCACCGGUUGCGAUGAGUACAAGAUUGUGUGCGACUUCGAAAAUAUUAUGGAACUUCGGCUACAAAAUAACCAAAAAGAGAUUGUGCUCCAGUUGAACCAACCGACGAGAUUCUACAGAGCCCUGGAUCGAGGUGGUACGGAGUUUCGCCAAUGCAACGACUUCACCGAGGACCAACAAGCAACUAUGCACCUGACGCACAUUCUCCGAUGUCGUGAUUAUGAUGGUUCCAGUUUUAUCGAGGAAUAUACGCUCCUGGAGGAAUGGAUAUGCCGUACGCGUCUUCAACGACCGUCAGACUCACCUCUACUCUUAGGGCUCGAUGUACUUUCGAUUGCGGAUGAAGCAAGCACUGAUCAAGGGAACCUGGCGAUUCAGCGAUGGCUGUCUGUUCUGCCAGAAGACAGCGACGAUCCCUAUCUUACUCCCUCUUCAGAUGAUCGCAUGACUAGCUUGCCCAGGGAAUGGUGGUAUUCAUUCCCAAGCCACAUGUGA